UCCCCCUUACUGCACUGACCGGAUCAGAGUCAGGAAACAGGCUGAGCUGUGCCGUGCCCUGCACUUCAACCCGGUCUUCACACACAUAGCUCAGUCUUUAUCGGAGGAUGGACGAGGGUUCUAAGAAGACUUUUACAAUCUGAAAAAUCAUCGAACCCGAAUAAACGCACUGGACUCUUUGGGGGAAUAAUUUGGCAGUGCCUGUUGGGAGUGAGGGCAGACCUGUCAUGGUGUCACGGUGAUACUCGGCAGGUAGACGUUAGCAGGCAGCCUGGCUAGCGGCUCAGCUAGUCAAGCAGUGGGUAGCUAGCUUUUAGCAAGCAGCAGCCAUCACGAACUAACAAGUUGGUUUGAGGUGUCGUCAUAGGUGCAUCAAAAACUAGCCUAGCAUGGAUCAUUUUUACCCAGCAGACGUUAAACUAUCCAUGUGACCGACUUCAGCUCCCUGUUCAUUGUCUUCAAGGAGACUAGCAGCUGCUGGUGUUGCAAGGUUGAUUGACAGCUUGUCACGACGUGUUUUCCAGAUGUGGAGUCAACACGAUCAGUGUAGUUAGGCUCUAGAAUGGCGAAGCUUUGCUGCAGGACUGGUUGCUGACCGAGAAUGGCUACCCUGAACAAAAUUACCAGUAGACUCUCAACUACACCAGCAAGCGAUGAAUUUCGUUUUAGCAGCGAGCUGAAGUCCACACCAGACCAGCUGACACGUUGAAACCUGGGGCUGUCAUCUGGGCCAGUUCCAAACAGACAGGGAAGUGUUUUUACGGUAAAGACAAAGAUGAAGAGGACAGAAAAUCCAAACAAGAGGAAGCUGUGUGCCGUGGAGCAGCUGGAGAGUGGGGGACAAGAGAAAGAUGCGAAGGAGUUUGCAGCUCCCCCUCCUCUCCUCUUUAGGAAGCUGAGUAACCCCGACCUGUCACCUGCAGCAACUUCUGCAACAAAAUCCAAACUGCAUCGACAACUGAGCCAAGAUGAGAGCCGGGCUCGACGUAGCACCAUGGCCAUGACUGGUAAGCAACUGCUACCUCUGUCCAGCAGUCUGCAUGCUGGAGUGAGUCAGCUAGCCUGGCAGGGGCCUUCUGGAGGCUCUGGUGGGGUUGUGGCUGUCGGAGGAACAUCUACAGGAGGAGAGAUCAACAGCCUCGUUCGGAUGAGGAGCCAAACUCUGGGACAGUCUGCUCCCUCACUCACUGGACUGAAGGAGCUGAGCCUUCCCAGAAGAGGCAGUUUCUGUCGGGCAAGCAACAGGAAGAGCCUGAUCGUGACGUCCAGCACCUCCCCAACCCUGCCACGACCACACUCACCUCUGCAUGGACACACAGGUACCAGCCCACUGGACAGCCCUCGCAACUUUUCCCCCAACACAGCCGCACACUUUUCCUUCCUUCCUGCACGCAGUCACGGACACAGGGCUGACAGAACGGAUGGUAGACGCUGGUCUCUUGCCUCAUUGCCUUCCUCUGGAUAUGGCACCAACACUCCCAGCUCUACUGUCUCGUCCUCCUGUUCAUCUCAGGAGAAGCUGCACCAGCUGCCCUUCCAGCCCACACCUGACGAGUUGCACUUUCUUACCAAACACUUCAGCUCCGAGAGCAUCACAGAUGAGGAGGGACGACGCUCCCCUGCCAUGAGACCACGUUCUCGCAGCCUAAGCCCUGGGCGCUCACCUGUCUCCUUUGACCAUGAGAUUAUGAUGAUGAACCAUGUGUACAAGGAGAGGUUUCCUAAGGCGACAGCUCAGAUGGAGGAGCGUCUGGCUGAACUGCUCUCCUCCUCGGCUCCAGACAAGGUUUGCCCACUGGCUGACGGGGUCUUGAGCUUCAUCCACCAUCAGCUGAUAGAGCUGUCCAGAGACUGCUUGGAGAAAAGCAGAGAGGCCCUCAUCACCUCCCGCUAUUUUUACGAACUCCAGGAGAAUCUAGAAAAGCUGCUGCAAGAUGCUCAUGAACGUUCAGAAAGUGUGGAGGUUACCUUUGUCACACAACUCGUCAAGAAGCUGAUGAUAAUCAUCGCACGGCCAGCACGUCUUCUGGAGUGUCUGGAGUUUGACCCAGAGGAGUUCUAUCACUUGUUGGAAGCAGCUGAGGGCCAUGCAAAGGAAGGUCAAGGCAUCAAGUCAGACAUUCCACGAUAUAUUAUCAGCCAGCUGGGCCUCACCAAGGACCCUCUAGAGGAAAUGACCCAGCUGAGCAGUUACGAUAGUGGAAACCCAGACACCCCCGAGACUGAAGAUUCGGUUGAUAGUCAGGGAACUACAGUCCCAGCAGCACAACCACAGAGUAAAACCAAAACCCCUCGAGAGGAGGACUUUGAAAACAUCAAGCUCAUCAGUAAUGGAGCUUAUGGUGCUGUAUUUCUUGUACGUCACAAGGAGACCAGGCAGCGGUUUGCCAUGAAGAAGAUCAAUAAGCAGAACCUGAUCCUAAGGAACCAGAUCCAGCAGGCCUUUGUAGAGCGAGACAUCCUAACAUUUGCUGAGAACCCAUUUGUUGUCUCUAUGUUCUGUUCCUUUGAGACCAGGAGACACCUCUGUAUGGUGAUGGAGUAUGUGGAGGGUGGAGAUUGUGCCACACUGCUGAAGAAUAUCGGGGCCCUGCCAGUCGAUAUGGCUCGUAUGUACUUUGCUGAGACAGUCCUUGCAUUAGAGUAUCUUCACAACUAUGGCAUCGUACACAGAGACCUCAAACCUGACAAUCUUCUCAUCACAUCCAUGGGGCACAUUAAGCUGACUGACUUUGGCCUCUCUAAGAUUGGUUUGAUGAGUCUGACCACAAACCUAUAUGAAGGACACAUAGAAAAGGACACCAGGGAGUUUCUGGAUAAACAGGUAUGUGGCACUCCAGAAUACAUCGCCCCUGAGGUGAUUCUCCGUCAGGGCUAUGGGAAGCCAGUGGACUGGUGGGCAAUGGGAGUCAUCCUGUACGAGUUCCUGGUGGGCUGUGCCCCCUUUUUUGGAGACACCCCAGAGGAACUGUUCGGUCAAGUCAUCAGUGAUGAGAUCACCUGGCCAGAGGAGGAUGAAGCUCUGCCUCAGGAAGCUCAAGACCUCAUCUCCCAGCUGCUGAGACAGAAUCCUCUGGAGAGACUGGGCACUGGAAGUGCCUUUGAGGUGAAGCAGCACGCCUUCUUCACAGAACUGGACUGGAACAGCCUCUUGAGACAGAAAGCUGAAUUUAUUCCCCAGCUGGAGUCAGAGGAUGACACCAGUUAUUUUGACACUCGUUCUGAUCGAUACCACCAUGUGGAUUCAGAGGAAGACGAUGACACUAAUGAUGAAGAACAUGUAGAGAUACGACAGUUCUCUUCUUGCUCACCUCGCUUCAGCAAGGUGUACAGCAGUAUGGAGCGUUUGUCUCUGCAUGAGGAAAGGACUCCUCCUCCCACAAAACGCAGCCUUAGUGAAGAGGGAGGAGACCGCAUCGACAGCCUGAGUGGCCUGAAGUCCAGAGAUCGAUCCUGGCUAGUGGGAUCUCCAGAAAUGUGAACUGCGAAAGCGCUGUCAGUCUCCGAGUCUUCCCACACAGAAAGCGACUCAAGCCCACCUCUGACAGUCAGGAGACGCUGCUGCUCUGCCAUCAUUGAAAUGCCACGCUUUGCUAUCUGCUCAGAGGAAGAAGGUAAAGGCAGGAUUUUUGAGGGCCUUCAUAAUAGUCAGAACCUGCUGGGUCCUAGUGCUGCGAGGGGCACACGGUGUGAUGAUAUUCCCCUCGCUAUCCCAGAGCUCCCAGUAGACAGGGAGCCGAAGCUGGAGGAGUGUCCCACACCAAGUUCCACCUCCAGCCAGCUGAGCAAGGCCAAGCUGACGCCGAGCAGCUCAGGCGACAUGUGCGAACGGGCGAAUGGCAGUAAUGGUGCAGUCGGUGGAGUUGCCAAAGUUGCAGCAGACAGCGAUUCUCCAUCCACUCCAAAAGCCAUUAGCGACUUGGCAGCUCGCAGGGCUCGCCAUCGUCUGCUGUCUGGAGAUGCAGACAAACAUACAACCCCAAGCACUAGGCCACUUAACAAGGUCAUCAAGUCAGCCUCUGCCACCACACUGUCAUUGAUGAUCCCUGCAGACCACUAUGGAACCUCUCCACUGGCCAGCCCAAUGUCUCCCCACUCACUGUCAUCCAAUCCAUCAUCGGACUCCUCUCCAAGCCGAGACCUAUCCCCAGCUGUGAGCAGCAUUAAACCUGCCAUUGUCAUUCACAGAGCAGGAAAGAAGUACGGCUUUACUCUGAGAGCUAUCCGAGUCUACAUGGGAGACUCUGAUAUCUACACUGUACAUCACAUGGUCUGGCAUGUGGAGGUGGGAGGACCAGCCCACGAAGCGGGUCUAAGGGAGGGAGACCUGAUCACCCACGUCAAUGGGGAGCCAGUCCACGGUCUGGUUCACACAGAGGUGGUGGAGCUCAUAUUAAAGAGUGGUUCCAAAGUUGUCCAUCUCCGCCACCCAUUUGAAAACACAUCAAUCAAAAUUGGCCCUGCCCGAAAGACGAGCCACAAAUCCAAGAUGGCCAGGCGCAACAGAAAGACCAAGAACAAGGAGGGACAGGACAGUAAGAAGAAGACAUCUCUGUUCAGGAAGAUCACCAAGCAGGCGUCUCUCCUCCACACCAGCCGCAGUUUAUCCUCUUUAAACCGCUCCAUGUCCUCUGGGGAAAGCGGCUCCGGCUCACCAACGCACAAUUUGUCACCACGAAGCCCAACACAGGCCUACAGGUCCACCCCAGACUCCACCCACUCAGUAUAUCUCCUGCAUCAUUGUUCUCCUUCUCUGUUCCUCAGUGGGGGAAACUCAUCUCAAAGCAGCUCCCCCAGCUCCAGUGUCCCAAACUCUCCAGCGAGUUCCGGUCACAUCCGGCCCAGCUCCCUACAUGGCCUUGCUCCAAAGCUCCAGCGACAGUAUCUCCCUCGGCGCAAGUCUGCCGGCAAUAUCCCCCUUUCCCCUCUGGCCCGCACACCUUCACCCACCCCUCAAAGCAGCUCUCCUCAGCGCUCUCCCUCACCACUGCCCAGCCAUGCUCUGGGCCAGUCUACCAUGGGUCAGUCAUUCCCUGUGAAUCUUCACUCCUCCCCUCCUCUUGUAAGGCAGAUAUCCAGGCCUAAGAGCGCAGAGUCUCCACGCUCUCUCCUCAAACGGGUGCAGUCAGCCGAGAAACUGGGUGCCUCUCUUUCCAGCUCCCCGUUAUCUCCCUCUGGGGUAGCAGCAGUGGCAGAGAGGAAACUGGUGGUUGCAGCAACUGUGGGGAGCAGGAAACACAGUCUGGACAUCUCACAUUCAGAAUUUAAGAAGGAGAUGAUGCAGAGGGAACCGAGCUUACAAAGUCUUCAGGAGUCCGCCAGUGAGGGUCUCCUGUCCUCAUCAGGACAUAGUAUAGCGAAGGCAAGCCUGCAGACUCACUCCUCCUCAUCCGGGAAGUUAGGACGUGAGGAAGGGGAUGGUGCCCUUACUACAGUGUCCAGUUCACUGGGGCUGGCUACCAGGAAAAACAAACUGAAGGACAAACUGUCUGCCAUUCGCCAGGACAGGGCUGAGCGGAGGGAAUCACUGCAGAAGCAAGAUGCCAUCCAUGAGGUAGAUUCCUCUGAGGAUGAGACAGAUGAUGGCUCAGAGGAUAGCCAGGAUGGACGCAGGGGGACAAACUUCACCUCUCCUCCCUUGCUUAGGCCCACCACUGUGAGAACAGGGCCCGGAGGCACGCUGCCAUCCCUAUGCAUCUCCCCCUACACCACCCAUGCUACAUUCAGUCACUCAGGACCCUCACAGGUAGGCAGGCCCACUCCUUCACACACACUACCGUCCGUUGCAGAAAGUAAACCCAGUCAGAACAUCUCCUCUGCUGGAGUAAAAGACGGAGACCCGACCUCAUCUACAGAGGAAGUUGUAAGACAUGAGAGGAAGGUUCUACAGCUGACUAGUACUACAAAACCCACUUGGGGUCCCCUUCCUUUCUCCACUCCAGGCAGUGCAUUCAUCUCAGUUAGCAAAGACAGUUUUCUCAAGCCAGCUCCCCCACAAGAUUCAAGGAGUAUUAAGGGAAAGACUGCAUCAUUAGAGUCUAAAGCAGAAGAAGAAAGCCUGGACAGCCCUAAAACCACUGCCCCAUCUACAGCAAGUAUAGAUACUCCCGACUGCAGAACCACCACAAAUACCACAGAGUCCCGAACCACUGACAGCCAAGAGACUCCCCUCACCUCCUGUUCCUCUCCAGGCAUCCCCAAGGAGAAGAAGGAGGCUGACAACCGGAGACUAUGUGCAGCCGCGGCUGCUGCAAGUCUUAGUGCUUUGUCUUCAGCCACUUCCAGCUCCAGCUUAAGUUCAAGCUCUCCUGUUCCACCUGCUGAGAGCGGGGUAGACAGAGUUAUGUCCCAGCUUGCAACAGUAACUAAGAGUGUUCUGGGUCCUGUCAAACUCAGUGCUGUUGCAGAGAAGGGCGCAAAGGACCAGAAACCAUCUAGAGGUAGCACCUCAGAAGUCUCACACUCUGAACCCCUCUCCUUUCCCUCCAAACAGGUUGCAACCCUUUCCCCAACCAGGCAGAAAACAAAGUGUGUUGCUUCCCUGACCACCUCACAGAGGCUGGCCAAAACCUCCACCCAGAAAGACUGUACAGCCCCAACACCACCAGCUGGCAUGGAUGUCCCAGAAAGGCCCACACCAGGGUCUACAGGCAGAGAUAGUGCUACCACUUCUGCAUUUGCACGAGUUGGUGCAGCAGAGGCUCGGCACACCAUCAACUCACCCUUCACCACUUCUGCAGUGUCUGAGCCACAGUGCCAGAGGUCCAAAACCCCAACUCCCACCACUGCUGCCGCCAGUGCCAUGUCCACCUCCUUGCAAGACAAAGCCACCAGCAAGAAGACGUAGCAUCAAAACAGAAAAUACUAGAACAACGUGUAUCAAUUACACCACUCAGUGCUUGCUUGAGGUUUUAAAACUUACGCAGACUGCAUGUUUAGAACAUAUAAGUGAUUUCACACUAAUUCGAGUUUGAUUUCAAAGCAAAAAAAAGGUGUAGAAAGAGAGUUCACUGAAGCAGAGACAGAUGCAGUAGUUCUAGUUCUAUUCCAGUUUUUCUGUGUCUUUGUGUUGUUUUGAGUUAAUCUGGUGUCAUGACUCUGGAUCCUACUUUUAGAUGAAAUGCCACAAGGAGUUUGCAAAUAUGGAAGGGGCUAGAAAUAUAAAGACUUCAGUGGUCUAUACACACACUAUUAUAAAAAAGUAGGUACAUGACCCUUACACACACCUUUCUCACUCAUGGUCUUAUCAUGCUGCCUCAUUAUCUCUCACCUCGGUGUCCAAGAUUCAUUCACGCAAGUUCUUUAUUAAUCCUGCUGAACACACUUCUCUUCUUCCUCCUACCCAUCCUCUAACAAAAUGUCUACUCAGCCAUGACUGGAAGAAGAUUGUAUCUCAGCAAUAAAUCAUAUUUGUAGCAGUCUGUGUAAAUGCAUUUUUAUUAGGAGCACAUCUGUAUCAUCAGUGUGCACUUAACACACAACUAGCUUGGCCAAAUUAAAUUGUCCUCUUGAUGUAAUCCCUGGUGACAGUUUAAAUACAAAUAUCUUUAAUUUCUUCAUGUUAAUUGCACAUCAAAUUAUGUACAUGCUGGACAUUUUGCAAAGUAUGUCAUACUUUUUUUAGAUUAUCUGAUAAUUGUUUUGUUUCCAUUCUUUCAGAUGAUCAGUUAUAUCAUAUAAAUGUUAGGUACAGUGAUGUGAUUUUCACCUUUUACUCCGAACUACCAUUCAAACACAAAAAAAAUGAUAAUGAAGAAAAACUAUGUCGAUGCAUUUUUUGAAUUUUGCAAUAAGGACACUUUUUUUUGCUGAGUUUCCAAUACACAGCUGCAAUAUACCGACAUUAGCUCUAUAAAUGAGACAACAGAGGCACGACACAUAAAGAGAACAAUGCACAUUCUGUUUUAGGGUUCUGUCUAGUUAUUUUGAAAACAAUGACUGCCCAGAAAUAGUAUAGUGUACAUUUCCAAUUACUGUUUCCAUUUUGGAUCCUGGUUGACAAAAUACUAAUUUAUUACCUCAGAUGAUAGAAAAUUUGUUGAAACAUGUAUAUCUCUAUUUGUCUCUCAGUAGCAAAACUACAGCAGCAGAUUGUAUCUGUCUUUGGUUAUUACUUUUUCUGUAUGUUGGAAAAUAGAAUGAAAUACAUUCAAUAAGGGAUUUGCUGCACACUACUGACAUAGCAUUGCUCCUUGGAUGUCUUUUAUCUCUUUACCUUUUGACACACUUCAUCAGUGUAUUAGUACCAUAUGUAGUGAAGGACACAAGAAAUGAAAACGGGUGUGGAUUGAACUGGAUUUUAUUGACUCUGUCUUCGGCACUAACUUCCAAAUGCAGACAAAGCUUUGAAACUAAGUGGUUGUUUUGGAAACUCUGCUCAGCCACCACCUUUUUAUUUCUCGCCCCAUCAGCCUCUGAAGGCUGCUGUAGUUUUAUUUAUCUGGACCAACUUGCUGUGUUUUUUACCUCUAAUCCUGUAAGGUUAUGUGUGUGAGGGAAAGAGUGUGUGUGCUCAUGGUUAUCUAUGUAUAUACGAAAAAUAUUUCAAGUUCUGUUGUCUCUUUCAUACCCUCUGUGUGCUGCUUGCUUCUAUUUGUGGACAGAGCCCUUCACAUGUUUGGUGUAAAGCAUUUUUUUCCAGAAUGUUAUCAGCUGUCUGAUUUGAGAGAAAAUACAAAUAUCAGUAGAAGGAAAAUCAGGUUGAGAUGUUUGAACAGUGACUGUUGUGGAUCGUGUUUAAGCUUAGUUCACAACAUGCAGUAAACCUGUUAAAUUCAGUCGCGAUAAUUCAAA